UCGGUCGAAAGAGAACUGUUAUUUCUUGUUUGCGAUCGCGAUCAUAAUGUUGUAUUCUCUGUAGUCAACGUGUAAGCAAAAAGAAUUUCAUAUUUGUCUGAUUCAAAUUCUUCAGUUCAUUGUUAAGUGAUGGUGUAACCAAAUUUUAUGAAUAAGACAUCGGUGGAUCGGCUCAAUUUCAAUUUAACCGAGAGUGCUAGAGAGUUUUUGUGAUCCAAUUUUACAAUGAUAACAAAUGAUUUUGUGCUCGAAGCGCAUAAUAUUUACCACACAGCAGAGGUGGUAUCCGGCGACUGUUUUAGUGGAAACAAAAACUCAGCGCUGGUAUUGAAAGGUGUAAAUCUGGUGGUUCACAGUGGUGAAGUGCUAGCUAUUUUGGGCUCAAAAGGUUCGGGCAAGAAAGCAUUACUCGAUGUGAUCAGUCGACGAACGAAAGAGUCGUCUCGCGGCCAAGUUCUGCUGAAUGGAGCUGCGAUGACAAAAUCACUGUUCGGACGGUGUUGUGGCUACGUUACGCAUGAAAAUGACUUCAUUCCCGGUUUGACGGCAUUUCAAACGUUGCAAUAUACGCCCACAGUGAGCAAUGGUUUCAUCAAACAAUCCAAAGUGCGACAAGUGCUGGCCGAUCUUACUCUAUCACAAGUGGCUAACAAAAAAGUGGAGAAUCUCAACAUAAGUGAGAAACGUAGACUGGCUAUUGGCAUUCAGCUGAUUCGCGAUCCGGUUAUGUUGUUGCUCGACGAGCCGACUCAAGGAUUGGAUCCACUGAGUGCGUACUUGUUGAUAUCAAUUCUGUCGAAUUCUGCUAAGAAACUUGGUUGUGGCAUCAUACUAUCGCUGGAGAAACCACGCUCGGAUGUGUUUCCGUUCUUGGAUCGAGCAUUGUUUCUGUGCUUGGGUGGUGCUGUUUACUCGGGUGGCACUAGAGCAAUGCUGGAGUAUUUUCAUGGCAUAGGAUUUCCAUGUCCACAGUUGGAGAAUCCGCUGAUGUACUAUUUGUGCUUGAGCACCGUUGAUCGGAGAAGUCGAGAUCGUUUCCUUGAAUCCAGUCAGCAAAUUGAAGCCUUAGUACAAAGAUUUGCAAGGGAAUCACCUUUGAACGACGGUCCUAUUAUGGCAAACGGAUUCGGAAAACUUCCACUGUCCUAUGCAAAGCCGGGAGUGUUUAACGUUUGGGGCUUAUUGUUUCUAAAGAUGUUAGCCGUUAACUUCUCAUGCGGAUCUACUGGUCUGAAGUCAUUGUUUCUGAGACUAAUUGCAUUACCGUUAGCUAUCGGAUCGAUGUGGAUAUUUUACUCAAAUAUUAAGGAUGACUCCAAAGGAUUUUACAGUAAAAAUGGAAUGAUUUUGAAUGUGCUGGGCAUAAGUUACGGCUGCGGUAUAUUAACUACCAUGUCAAUUUUUCCCCAAUGGCGAAAGCGUUUCUAUCACGACGCAGCAGAUGGCCUGUACUCGGGUGUAUCGUUACUACUUGCAUACAAUGCAGUUUCCAUUCCAUUUUCUAUUAUAUCAGCUGCAAUUGCAACCUGUGUUCUUUAUCCCAUCAUACUCAAUCCAUUCAUUCCGAUCCACGUAUCGGUCGCAUACCUGUUUGUGGUCAUUUGGAGUUGCUACUUCUUGGCAGAACAGCUGUGUGUUCUGUUCUGUUUGUUCAUCAGAUCACGGAUUAAUGUAGCUGUGGCCGUUUCAUACAUUGUUUGCAUAUGUGUGGCUUUGUCCAGUGGAACGGUGAGAUCGUUCAAGGGAUUACAUCCGUUCCUGCAGGACUACAAUAAAAUUGUUCACACCAAAUACGCAUCGGCGUUGCUGCACAGCGCCGUAUUUUUGUCGAGAAAUAUGAAAUGUGAACAGACGGCUACAGUGUCGUGUCCAGUACCUGCUGACUAUUUGGUGAAUCGCAUUGGCGAAGCGGAUAUUGAGGAAAAUCAUUUUAUUGUCAUUGCCAUUGUGAUUCCUGUUGCUUUGGCCAUAUUUAAUAUGAUUCUGUAUACGCUUCCAAUCGCUAAUCGAAUGUUUAGGAAACAUAUCGAGAAGUAAUGGGUCGACAACAUCACGCUAUGGUAGAAACAAUUUUUUUUAACAGAAAGAACCGGAAAUAUUUUGAUAUUGACCUAUGGAUUAAAAAGUGUGCGUUUUGUGACUAAA